AUGGGCCCAGGGAGUCUCGGCGUUCCCUUCGAACUCCUGCCAGCCCCAGAAGCCCCAUUUAAACCCCCCAAACCCUCAAACUCUUUUCUCCGGGGCUUUCCAAUUCCUUACAUUUUCCCGGAAGAAGCUGCAGCAGCGGCAGCUCAAGUUUGGCCUGCAGAGGGCCCCGCUGCAGAAGCAGCAACAGGAACUCUCGCCGGACUGCAGCAAAAGAACAUCGAAAGCAAAAAUAUAAAGUAUUCCGAUUCUCCUCCCUACGGGUUUGUGCCCACGGGAAAAGCCUCCAUGUCGAAGCUGCUGCACCUCGCGAGUCCUGCUGCUGCUGCUGCUGCUGCUUCAGGUGUACAGACACCUCAGCAGCCAGCAGCAAAGAGAAGAACCCUCCGGCAGAUCCUGGGGGGUUUCAUGGAAGUUCCAUUUCACGGAGUUGUCAGCGGAAAAAUGCGUUAA